AUGGAAGGCGGGACCAGGGCGGCCUGGCUGGGGCAAGGGGCCGGUUUGGGUCCCUGGGGACCCGUUGCCCUGCGGGUUUCGGCCCCUAAGGCGGAGCAAGGCAGCCGGGCGGUGGGGCAGCGGGACUGUGGGGUCCUCUUCCGCGCAGCGAGCCGGGAGGAGCGGUCUGCGGGGCUGUUGCGCUGCGCCCCCUCCAACUGCUGGGAAACUCCGCACUUCAGUAUUAGAGCAUCUCUUUCCUGGGCAGGUAGAAUUGGACUGGCGAGUGGGGACUGGGCCAUAGAUUGGUACUAUACAUUGAGUCUGUCAUUUGGGAGCCAAUUUGGGCAGGCAUCCAGGCAUUGUUCUGCAUCUCUGCAGUGUAUGCGUGUUGUGCCGGUAGCUUAA